GCAUCCGAUCAGCAUCCAAUCAUGUGCUUCACUCUUUCCUUCCCAUUUGACGUUCCUAGAACUUCGGACCUUUCAGUCAAAAGGUUGGUGUGAUCAUUCGCGUUUCGGUCGUCAGUCGUCGUCAAUCUGUUCUAUGAUUGGCAGGCAACAGAAUUUGCCUGCCUUAGCUGGGCGGGUUCAAAAGCGCUCCUUGUUUGACGUUGUUGUUGUAGCAAGCUAGCUAAGUAAGAAAUUACUUUUUCGUUUAGUCCUGUUUUGGAUUCUGUAGACUUCUUCGUCAGUACUAACUCGAAAACAGAAACCAUAGGUCUAACAAACAGAGGAGGUUCUAACAAUAUUUGUCAAGAGGGAGGACUAUUAUGGGACGAUGAAAGACAUCUGCGAGGCCGCUUAAGGUGUGGCUGGACGUGUAAGGCAAGGUGAAGAGCCCCCCCCCCCCCCCUUCCCCUUGGUCCAGUGGUCUUGUCGGGGAGGGCAGAUUCCCUGGAUUUUCUCUGCCCAGAUGCCCCCCGCCUCCCUGUAAAUUCAUGAUCACAUGACCUUGGAUAUGGACGCAGUCCUGUCCGACUUUGUCCGUUCCACUGGAGCUGAACCGGGACUGGCCAGAGACCUGCUAGAGGGGAAGAACUGGGAUCUCACUGCCGCCCUCAGUGACUUUGAGCAGCUGCGACAAGUGCAUGCUGGGAACUUGUCGUACUCUUUUGCUGAGGAGAGGACCUACCCAGCCUUGGAGAAAGACAUGGCCCGGGUGGGCCGACCCCUUCUCCAUCGUCAAGACGAUGUGGUACAAGCCACAGAGAAGCGCCUAUCGAGGGGUAUCUCCCAUGCAAGCUCCACCAUCGUGUCUCUGGCUCGGUCUCAUGUCUCCAGUACCGGUGGCAGCAACAGCGAGCCCCUUCUGGACACCCCUCUGUGCACCUUCCAGCUGCCUGACCUCACUGUGUACCGGGAUGACUUCCGCGGCUUCAUCGAGAGGGAUCUCAUCGAGCAGUCGAUGAUGGUGGCCUUGGAACACGCCGGCCGACUCAAUUGGUGGACACGAGUGGGACCGAACUGUCAGAGUCUGUUACCUCUGGCAACAAGUGGGGAUGGGAACUGCCUGUUACAUGCCGCCUCAUUGGGUAUGUGGGGCUUCCAUGACCGUGACCUGAUGCUGCGGAAGUCUCUCUAUGCAUUGAUGGACCACGGCCAGGAGAGGGAGUCCCUGAGACGCAGGUGGAGGUGGCAACAGACCCAACAGAACAAAGAGUCUGGUCUGGUAUACACUGAGGAGGAGUGGCAGAAGGAGUGGAAUGAGCUGUUAAAAUUGGCCUCUAGUGAACCCAGGAUACACUACAGCACCAAUGGAAGCAAUGGGACGGAGUCGUCCGAGGAGCCUGUGUACGAGAGCCUGGAGGAGUUCCACGUUUUCGUCCUGGCCCAUGUCCUGAGGAGACCCAUAGUGGUGGUGGCCGACACCAUGCUCAGGGACUCUGGAGGAGAGGCGUUUGCCCCCAUCCCGUUUGGUGGGAUCUAUCUGCCCCUGGAGGUGCCAGCUGCCAAGUGCCAUCGAUCUCCACUAGUACUGGCAUACGACCAGGCCCACUUCUCUGCCCUGGUGUCCAUGGAGCAGAAGGACAACACCAAAGAGCAAGUGGUGAUCCCUCUCACUGACUCGGAACACAAGAUGCUGCCUGUGCACUUUGCAGUGGAUCCUGGGAAGGACUGGGAAUGGGGCAAGGAUGACACGGACAACGUCAUGUUGGCAAGUGUGGCACUGUCCCUGGAGGCCAAGCUCCAGCUGCUACACAGCUACAUGACAGUCACCUGGCUGCCCCUGCCUUGUGAGGUACAGCAGGCUCCCUUGGCCCAGCCUGAAUCCCCCACGGCGUCUGCGGGAGAGGACGCCCGGACCCCUCCGGACUCGGGAGAAUCUGACAAGGAGUCAGUCAGCAGCAGUUCCAACGGCCACGAAACCACGGCGACGCCGGCCGCUCCUGCGGGGGGAAGGGUGUCGGCUAAGAACAGCUCCUCCUCCUCCUGUAGCUCAUCCAGUAACAGCUCAACAGUGACGACAGGGAUGGGGACGAUGGGGAAGGAGAAGUCCAAGAAAGACAAGGACAAGAAGAGGGCAGACUCUGUGGCAAACAAGCUGGGCAGCUUCGGCAAGAGCCUGGGCAGCAAGUUAAAAAAGAAUGUGGGCGGGCUGAUGACCGGGAAGAAUGCAGGCGUGGGCGGGGCCAAGCAGGAGGGCACGGAGAAGAAGAAAGGUUCGCUGAGGGGAAGGAAGGGAAGCAAGGACAGCUCACCUUCUGCCCAUGCCUCCGAGGACUCUGGGAAGGGCUCGCCGUCGUCUGGCAGUGAGCAUCAGAAUGGCACAGGUGGCGGAAGCAGCGAGAGUGACCCCUACAAGUACAGCACUGAUGUCAAGGUGAGCCUGGGCAUCCUGCGGGCCGCCAUGCAGGGCGAGAGGAAGUUCAUCUUCGCCGGCCUGCUCACCACCAGCAACCGCCAGCCCUUCCAGGAGGAAAUGAUCCAGCGCUACCUGAGCGACGCGGAGGAGCGCUUCCGGGCUGAGCAGGAGCAGCAGCGGAGGGAGGUGGAGCGAAAGGGGUGCACCAACGGCGUCCAGCAGCUCAAGGAGGCGACGGCGACCCCCGAGGUGGGCUACCGCAGCUACGAACCGACAGAGGAGGCCGCCGAGAGCUCGCCUCCCGCCAGUCGUCUGAAGUCGUCGUCGUUCAGUCCUCCCCUGUAUUCCGGCGUGGUCCCCAUCCCCCGGGCGACCCUUGUGGACCAGCCGCCCUCCCUGGCUGCUGCCCCGCUCACCCAGCACUUGCACAUGCACGGCUACGCAGAGACACGGCGCCAGCUAGCGGGCGGCUCCCCGGCCUCGUCCUACCCCGGCCUGCCCUCCUACGCCACACUCCCCCGGCACUGCCCCGUGGCGCAGGGCCCCCCUCAGCCCCAGUAUCACCCCCCGCAAGCGCCCCAUAGCCCCUCUCGCCUCACACCCUCCUCCUUCACUCCCUCCUACUCCCCGGAGCACGGCUCCCCAGACUACCCCCCCUUGGAGCCCGUCGGCGGGGGCUACACUAACGGAUUCCGGGACAUGCGCUCCAGCCUGGAUGUUCCUCGCAAUGGGCCCCCCCCGGUCAGGCACUACUCCCUGGGCAGCGCCGGAGGCCUGGCCAGCCUUCAGUCCAGUCGCUGCCGGACGCCCAGCUGCAACUACUACGGUCACCCCGAGACGGGCAACUACUGCUCCUGCUGCUACCGAGAGGAGCUGAAGAGGAGGGAAACGGAUCCGGCCAUCCACAGGUUCUGACCGACUGUCCAGGACUGACUCUUUGUCUCCUGCUAUAGGGCCAUACAGAGCCUGGACCUCUCCUUCCAUCUCAACGCAUCACUUCCUGCUCUAAAUGCAACACUGUAUGGCGUGUGUCCUAGAUAGGAUGAAUACAGUGACUUGAUAGGCUGGAGAGGACGCAUGUGGUAGUCAAUAGGACUGUGCACUUCUGUUACAUUUGCUGUGGCUCUUAUGCAGGUGCUGUUUGUGUGUGAGCGUGUGCGUACGUCCGUGUGCGCAUGUGUGUGUGUGAACUGCAGGCUCCCCUCCAUUUUGUCCAUUUGACUCGCAACUGUCUCCUCCUGUUGGAGGGAAUGUAUAUGGCAGGCAAUACACACUCAGUUUCAUGCACAUUACACACACCCAAACUACCACACUACACAAGUACAGCCAGAAACCGCUAAAUAAUCUCUCCAUUUAAGAUGUGGAAUCAUUUGAUCGUAUUAAAUUGUUGAUAUUUUAAAAUGUGAAUGAACCCUCAGAUGUCCAGGUAGUCCAUUCAACCAGAGGGUUAAGGAAUGGCCAAUGGCAUAGCUGGAAAUGUGGCCACGUGUGACUUGGGAAAGAACAGAGCUUUUUCCUAAUGAGUGAAUGAGUUGCAUUUGCAUGGAUCCUCACUCCUACUAGAAAUGAAAAGGACAGUAGUGUUGCAGUAGUUGCUGCUGUGGUACUGCUAAUGGACCAGAAUUCAACAGUGCCCCCUAUCAACGCAAACAACUGGCAAAACAGCUAGGCCUUUCCACCGUCAAUAUUAGCAUUUAUGGAGAUCCUAUCUAAAUUCAGAACUAGUGAUUUUUGAGAAGUUACAGAAUUAGAAACAUUGAAACUAUAUUGUGUCCAGGUGUUAGUCAAGUACAUUUUUAGUGGAAUAUUUAGGUGAAAUGUGUCACCCAGCAUCAGUUAUUGGAUCCACAGUGGAGGACUGUAGUAGAUAUUCUAUAUAGCUGUUAUGAUUUGUCUUCCUCUUUUAUAUCCGUUGUAAAAAUGACAUUAUAAUAUGCUGGUAUUUUUAAGUUAAUCCAGCACAACUAAACUGCCUUUUAUAACACAAACUCCCCUUACAUUUUACAUUCAUUAGCGUCAAGACCUCAAUGUAAUCAACACAUUGCAAAAUCAACAAAUAAUUAUUGUCCACUGACCUUUUCAGUGACGACGUCUCGUGGCGUCGCCAUAAUAUAUUUUAUGGAAUAUGUUAUGGACUCUUCAUUACUAUAAUCUAUGGCAAACCCUAACCUCCUGGCGAAAUGGAACCCUGCAUCAAUAUGAUUUAUACCAAAUUGGAUUGUUCAGCCCAACUCUCCUCUGAGUCCUGUUGAGGGCGUGGUGGUGAUUCCCAACAAGUGACUGCCCCCCCCCCCAUCAUUUAACCUCUUUCUGCACAAUUUCAAGCACUUUCCUAAUGUCCAUAGACAUUUUGUUCAAGUUUUAAAGGUAUCUGACUGUUAUGUUGUCCUUAGGUCCUGUCAGAACUGUAGACACUGCCACUUUGACUGGCGGUAUGAGCUAGAACACCCUCUAAGGACUCGAGUCACCAGUGGUACAGCUUUGUGUCAGCAGUGUUGCAGUUUAACUCUAUUUCCUAGUUGCCUUUUCAGUCUUUUGUCCUUGUGGCAUUACAGUCUUGUUUGUAUGUUUUACAAAAUAUACAUCAGGUGUAAAUUACUCCUUUUCUCUGCUAGUUCCACUUCUCCUGGUAUUUUGUCCCCUACUCUGUGUAAAGCCUUUGUGUAACUACUUACAUUUUAUCCCGAGCAUGGAGUCAUUGUUCAAAGAUACAACAAAGCAAUUUAGAGAACAAAUGUACAAAAAAUAAAAUAAUACUUUCUGGAGAUUGAAGUUCUCCUAAGGUGAACAUAUCAAAUUUCUGAUACGCCGUCUUUGACGUUGCUUCAGAUCUUUUGCAGUCAGAAAUUGAUUGUUGUCCUCAAAUCACAACUAUAUACAUUAUUUGUCAUCUAUGCUGUUUUAUUACCAAUGAGCCAUGUGAAUAUCAUGGAGACCAAUCUUUUUUUGUGAACAAGCGAAUAGAAGUCUCAGAGAGCUUGCUCUUCCUGACUGUAUCAGCUUUAUAAACAUCAGCCAUUCAGUCUUUUCACUUGAAGCACAAUAGCCAGAGAAUAUCUGUAUGCAAUUCACUGCCUUGCCCAAUGGAUGGCGCCCUUGUAUUUUUAAUUCAUGUUCCUGGAAACAUCCUUGCCCUAGUUAACCAAAACCAAAAGUACAAAAGAGGAGUAUCAUUAAUGUAGGAUAAUAAUUUCAAGGGUACUAAGAAAAUUAGGAUUUUUUUCUGUAACAUUUGACUUUUGAGAGGUAGUUUGAACAAACAGCUCAAAAUAGUGCUUCAUGACUAUGGUAGUAUGUGCAUCUUGAGUUGGAACCAACCAUCCUCCACAAUAACCUUAUGCUAUAUCCCAAACAAAAUGUCUGUGUGAUGUGGGUGCGCAUGUAGGUUCUUGUGUGUGUGUGUGUGUGUGUGUGCUUGUGUGUGUUGAUUUGUGUUUGUGCGCUUACGCUGUAUGAAAGCUCUAAUAAGGCACAAGCAGGAGAGGAUCUUAUUGAAAAGAUGAUGGCUAACUCUAAGAAAUGGGUGUAUGACCCCAUCUAAUGUAAUGUUAGCUUACAUCAACAGCUCUAUUUUGAAAAGAAUGGACGGCUUACAGAAAACAUCUUGAACAUUGACUUGCAGACUGCAAACAUUUUUGUAUUGAAAAAAAAAGACAAUGAGAGGUUGUAUAUGUUCAAGUUAUUUUUGUAAACCAGAAGUUUUACAGUGUUUUUAAAGAAACGAAUGUAAAAGAGUGGAAGAUGAGCUUGGUAGAUCCUGGGUUUGUUUAGUAUUCAGUAUUUACCUGAAUGGACAUUUUGGCUGUUAAGGUUGAUCACAAAGGAGCCUCCUAAACUCAAAGGUUUCUCGUUAGCAAACUAGUUUCCUCAUUGCUGACCUGACAAAAUUAUAUGAUUUGAGAAAAUAUAUAUUUAUAGUAAGAUUUUUUUUCAGAAGUUUCCUUUUGGAAUAUUUAGUUGAAGCUUUUAAGAUGUUCUUUCUUACAUGGCUAAUUGUCAAGCAGACUGGCUUAUGUUUUAUUGGAUUUGUAAUUUUGUUUACAAUGUUGAUGUUUUUUUUAUCACCACCAAUUCAUGCAAUGCUAACACAUUACAGUAAUGAUUCAAUAUUUGACUGGUGGUGUUGUCAAACUAAGCUCUUGCUGCAAUCUGUUCCCUCAGAAUAGGAUGCUUUGGAUUUGUUUUACAAAGUAAUGGAUCUAAUAUUUUUAUAUUGUACAUUUUCUCUCAUUUCUAUGGGACAGAAUCAUCAUCAGCAACACGAACAUGGGAUACUGUAGUUGCAUGGGACUGGAACUGCUGCAUGUAAAUGGCGAUCCAUUUAACCAAAUGUGUGCAUUAUUUUGAGUUGAUUUGGGCUGUCAUGGUUUUCUGGCCUGUUUUAUUUUGUCUUUCCAUGUUUGGAGAGCAGGCCCCAGGCUGUGUGACAGUGCAAUCUGGAUGGAAAGAACAUCUGAUUUGAAGGUAGUAUUUCUUCUUUUUUUUUUUUUUUUUUUUGCACUGUUUGAAUAAAUUCUCAUUGUAUUUCAACAACAUAGUGGCAGUCAAUGUUUGACUUUGGGGGGACUGUUUAUUGUACUUUUUGGAUGUAUAAUCAUUAUGGAUGAAAGAUAUGAAUUGGUAUUUAUCUUCAGUUGGAAUGUAUUAAUGUAUAAUAGGGCUUG